AUGGCGUCCACGAGCAGCUACGACUAUUGGUGGCCGUAUCCUGCGUGGGGCGCGACGACCGCCGAAGGCGCGGCGACAGCUGUACCUCUUGCAUCGACCCCAGCACCAUCUCUGGUCACCAUCUCCGUGACUGAUUCUGCACUGUCAUCUGUUGUUCAUCCAGUCGCGACAAGUUCUGCCUCGACAACGUCGUCCGGCUCCAUCAUCAGGAUCACGGCGCUGCCGCCCUCCAACGGCACUUCUUCGCAGAAAUCCACGGCCUACUCACACUCAGGGUUCGACAUAGCGUAUCUGGCUCCCCUGUUUGCUGUGCUGGCGGCCAUAGCUGGGGCUCUCUUCACAUGGUACUUACUCCGCUGGCAAGUACGACGUCGCGACAAGCAAGGACACGGCUCUUCGAUCUUGCACUCUGGCCCGCGCUAUGCUCCUCCACCGGGCUUCACCGAAGACAGUGCACCGCAAGGCAGUAGCUCGUCUGGUUCUGCCACCGAGAGCUCGAAACUUCUUCGUGGCCGCACGGAUUCAAAGAAGGAGGGUUGGCUCGCGCGCGCUUUCUCUCGAUCGAGCCGUCACUCUCAGGCUAUGUCGGCGGCGGCUCCGGUCACACCGAUCUCUGUUGUUGGACGACAGCUCUCGUCGCGUGUCCCUCGCACGUCGAUGAACAAUCUCUACUCUGCGGUCGAAGAUGAUGCCAACUCGGAGGACGCGGGGGCUAUGCCCAUGGACAGCAAUGGGCCUGAACGGUCGGGGACGCGUUUGCCUGGCCAAAUCGCCUCGCCGGAACUGCUCAGCCCUGGGGACGACGAUGUGCCUUACGACACGCUGCGACACAAGUCCAUCCGGCGCGCUAUCAUGGAACGGCUGAAGUUCGGAACUCUGCGUAGGCCUGCCAAAGACAAGGCAGAAUAUCUUCCAGACGUGGAAACGGGUCGGGUGCCGGGCACACCUGUACGGCGUGUCAGCUCAAGGCGUGGACAUCGGCGGAACGACCCGGACUUCAACGUCGAGGACUUGCAGCGAGCGGGCUCUGCAGGCAAUCCGAGCCGGGCGAACUCCCUGAUGCGCGAGAUGGCCGGCCGGCCGCCCAUCCUCUCGCCGCCUGGAUUCAGGAUCAUCGAAGAGGACACGGAAGCCGACAUGCACGGCGCUGACCACGAACACGGCCACCUGUUGGGCAGGGACCGCCUCGAGGACGGAUCCGAAGGCGGCACGCCUGCGCGCGAGAACCCCGCCUGGAAAUGGAUCGCCUCCUGGUCGCCCUCGCCGUCGAUCCGCACCGAGGACUCAUACACCGCCCUCCCUGUGAAACGGAGCCCGACGAAGAGGUCGGGCCCCGUUGCGUGCGCCCCCAGCCUCUCACGGACGGAUGAGUACCCACCGGUCGCGCCUCCCCUGGCGCGCGUCGACUCGUCUGUCCUGCCGUCGAGCCCUCCGCAGGUGAUGUCGCCGCCGCUGCACUCUCAGCUCUUCUUCAGCGAGUUCGGGUCGACGCCCUCGCUCGACCUGCAGGUGUCUGCGGAUCGGUACAACGCACCCGGGGGAUCCGCACCAACUCCGGAAAGGCGUGCCAACAAGCUCCACACGAGGAGGGAACCAGACCCGCUUCCGUUCCCGUCCACCAGCACGUCCUCGCCCUACCGUGGGAGGCUGAAGAAGCCCCACCACUGGCACGUCGUCCCGCUGAGUCCUCCCAUGCCAUCGUCCCCCGAGGUGGUCGCUCUGUACCACCCCCGCCACGCCCCCGACUUCCCUGCAACUGCAAGCCCUGCUGCGGAUGAGAAGGUCGACGCGGAGAGGCUCCUCGUCAGGCAGUCCGCACUGGACAAGGUGGGCGAGAUCGUCUCGCGAGGCCUCAGCCAGCGGGACCUCGCGAACGCGCCUGGCACCGGCGAGAGCAUCGUCGAGGUAGAUGCGCUGCCCGGUCUGGCGGCGGACCGCAUUACGCGGAUGGAGGCCCGGGAUGGGUUCUCGGCUGCUGCUGCGAUUGGAGAUGGCAUCGAACAGAGACUGGGGCUCUUGAGGGCGGAGGAGUCCGCGACCAUCGAGCGGCAUGUUCUCCGAUGCUAUUUGCAUGGCUUCGAGAUCCUAGAUCGGUUGAUUCAGAGUCAGUGUUGUGCCUCCGACCGACCGACCGCAGUUCCUGCGUUCAGUGUUGUGCCUCCUGGCCGGAAUCCGACCAAGUCGACAGCUCCGACUGACCGGUCGGAGAUCCGGCCAUUCCGCCCGCAGGAAUCCAGGAAUCCACGUGAUAUGUCGCCGCCGGUGGCGGUCGUCCGCGCGCUGGUAUGUAGCACUAAGCAGAUGAACAUCGAACGGCCAAGUCCAGCAACAGUCCGAAAUGGCGAGGUCGGCAAGAUGUGUGGUGCCGCCCUCGGAGGUGUUGGGGGCAAUUCUCGCUACGGCUCUCGGACCAGUGGUACUGCUGUGCACUACGGUACCUAGGAUGUGGAUCGAGACUCCAAGCUACAAGAAAUCAAUGCAUAUAUCAACUACAGUAACCUCUCACUUAUGAAUCUACGAUAGGCCACCUGGUUGUCGUCAGACUGCCGAUGAAGCAGCUGGCCCAGCUGCCUGUCAACACAUUUCUUAUAUCAGACUUUCACCUGUCUUCCUUUGGUGCAGCAUUCGUGCGAGUUCCUGUUGUAUGCCAUGGGGUGAUCAUAGAAGCAGAUGCACCUCCAAUUCCGGCUUUGAGGAGUGCCCGUUGAGCCAUCUCCUUGGGCACUAGUAUCGGCCAUGAGCAGGUUGCCGUCGCAGCACAGACAAG